UGAGUGGAGUCGACUUAUCGACCAGCGAAAUGCCGAGGGGCUGCAUCAAACGUCACUGUUGGUACGCUAUAACUAACUAGUCGUGACAUUAACUGAUCGAGGCCAUAGCGGGCACUCCACGCGACAAUCUAGAUUAAUUGAGCUCUUUUUACGCUGCACGCAAAUGUUUCUUGGUAGCAUGAGAGACAUCGCCGGCGUGAUUCGUUUCCUUCUACUUGCAUCUCAUACAGAGAGUGGCUCUCGCUUAGAUGCUUGGGACCUGAAGAUUGGAGCGAGAUGCAAGAAGCGAACGGAUGCCUGCAGCCGACCUGUUGUUGAUGAUGCCUCAGGCCACCAGCGUCGGCCCAGGCGCAAACAAUAUGAUCAAUAUUUGCCAUCUAAAUUAAAUAAUAAUAAUAACAGCAACAACAACAACGAUGACCGAUGCUUCCGAGAGCAGGAAAUAAUACAAUAUGAAUAAGAGCGAAGAGGAACCCUAAAGAUAGCCAGGCAACCAGGCAAUGAGGUAAUCAGGCAGCCGCGAAACAACGACGCUAGAGUUGGCGCUCUCA